AUGUGCGUGGUCGACUUGGCGGCUUCAGUGGGAUCGCUUGUCGACGAUGAGUUCGGCACCUCUGACACGGGACUAGUCGUGCCGAGUUCCGUGGGGCUUGUGCCGGGGGAAUCGCCUCCCGAUCGCAGCCGUCGGCAGACGCUGAAGAGGAUGUGCGAGGUUCUAUGGCGUCCGGUGCUGUCUUCCCUGAGUCACGUCAUGAUGCACUGCUCGGACCCCAUCGUUGUGUCGACCGCGGUUGACGGGUACAAGGCCUUCGCCGUAGCCGCGGGGAUCCUGGGUAAGAUGUAA